AUUGGAUGGUAGAUAUUGUAAUAUAGCAUCCUUACUUAGGAUGGUGAUUGUGCAAAGACCUGCAGUUAAAUUGUUCUUGUUGGCUAGGUAGGAAGCGUCAUACAUCUCAACUUUCAAAACACUUAAUAGCUGCAGUGGCUCUACCUGGAAGCCUCUAUUGUUUUACCAGGAGGGUCUUUUCUGGGUAAUGCAUAAUCAUCAAGAUAUGAGCUUUGGCUCCUCAUUUGUAUCUAAAAGUUUGGAAAUGCUAGAACUCCCUAAAAUGACUAAAAUCUCUCUGUUAGUAAGGGUUAGCUCCUAAUCUUUUUUUUUUUGGGUAAAUUUCCGCACCAUCCGGCUGAUUCCGAUCUGAAGGGUCGUUGUGGAUCAUGGUACUUUUAGGAGCCACAGAGGGUGAAUUUAGCAUUUGAGCACCAAAUUAAUUCUAGAACCCCCGUGUCGCACCAAAACACAAUGUCCAUCCCGAUUCCGGAGGUCUUUGGGGAAACGUAGCAGCACAAGAUUAGUAAUUUUCAAACAAACAUUUGGACCGUUGGUGCCUGAAAGCCGGUUGGGGAGCGGUCAAAAUUCAAGCACCACAAUCACAAAACCGAGAUCCAAACCGUUCCUCCCGCACGGCAUUGCAGUUAUUCUUUCCUCUCCCGUUCGUUCAUCCACGCCCACAGGGGAAAACAGGAGAACGAGUUUUAGCAAAAAAAAAAAAAAAAACAGAACGAGUGAAGGAGAGAGAGGCUUCGAACGGCCAUCGACUUCCAAAUCCGUCCAUCCUCUCUGGAAGCAAAACAUAUCCUGGUUAUAAAAUGGGACUUGGGCCUCCUUGCCCAGGUCGAAGUCCCCCGGCCAACCCCCCGAAAAAAGGAAAAACUUCAGCCGGGAUCUUCCCUUGGCCGCUCGUUAAAUUUCAUUACUUAGUUAGAAUAGAUAGAGAGCGCGUUAACCAGAGAAACAAAAGACAAGCAAGAGGAAGAAAGGGGAAGAGAGAUGUCGCAGGUCACCGCCGUGUUCGUCCUCGUCUCGCUCUUGGGCCUCUCGGUCGUCCGGGCAGAGGACCCAUACCUCUGGUUCCCAUGGAACGUGACGUACGGCACCAUCGCCCCUCUUGGCAUUCCCCAGCAAGUCAUCCUCAUCAACAACCAGUUCCCGGGCCCCGAAAUCAACUGCACUUCCAACAACAACAUUAUCAUCAAUGUCUUCAACAACCUCGAUGAGCCCUUCCUCCUCACAUGGAACGGCGUUCAGCACAGGAAGAACUCAUGGAUGGACGGGACGCCGGGGACCAACUGCCCCAUCCUGCCGGGCCAGAACUUCACCUUCCACUUCCAACCCAAGGACCAGAUCGGCAGCUUCUUCUACUUCCCCUCCCUCGGCAUGCAGAAGGCGGCCGGCGGCGUCGGCAUGCUCCGCGUCCACAGCCGCCUCCUCAUCCCCGUCCCCUUCGCUCCCCCGGCCCAAGAAUUCAACGUCCUCGCCGGCGACUGGUUCACCAAGAGCCACAAGGUCCUCGCCCGCCAGCUCGACGCCGGCCGCGGCCUCGGCCUCCCCGCCGGCGUCCUCAUCAACGGUCGCCUCGGUAAGGACGCCGCCGGCCGCGACGAGCCCCCAUGUUCACCAUGCAAGCCGGCAAACGUCUACCGCUUCCGCUUCUGCAAUGUUGGCCUCAAAACCUCCCUCAACUUCCGCCUCCAAAAGCAUUCGCUGAAGUUGGUUGAGAUGGAGGGCUCCCACACCGUCCAGAAUCUCUACGACUCCCUCGAUGUCCACGUCGGCCAGUGCCUGUCGGUGCUCGUCACCGCCGACCAGGCCCCCGGCGACUACUACCUCGUCGCCUCCACCCGCUUCACCAAGGAGAUCCUCGCUGCUACCGCCGUCCUCCGCUACGCCGGCUCCAACGCCCCUCCGUCGCCGGUCAUCCCCGACGGACCCUCCGGCUGGGCCUGGUCCUUCAACCAGUGGCGGACUUUCCGGUGGAACCUCACCGCCAGCGCCGCCCGCCCCAACCCCCAGGGCUCCUACCACUACGGCCAGAUCAACAUCACCCGCACCAUUAAGCUCGUCAACGGCCACAGCGUCGUCGACGGCAAGCGCCGCCACUUCAUCAACGGCAUCUCCCACGUCGACCCCGACACGCCGCUCAAGCUCGCCGAGUACUUCAACCUCAGCAAGCCGGCGUUCGAGUACAAUCUCAUGGGCGACGUGCCACCUGCCCCUGAUGCCCCGGUGACCCUUGCACCCAAUGUCAUCACUGCCGAGUUUAGAACUUUCAUCGAGAUCAUCUUCGAGAACACGGAGAGAAGCAUCCAGUCCUACCACUUGGAUGGCUACGCCUUCUUCCCUGCAGGGAUGGGGCCAGGGAAGUGGUCGCCGGAGAGCCGAAAACGCUACAAUCAUUUGGACACGGUGAGCCGGCACAGUAUCCAAGUAUUCCCGAGGUCAUGGACGGCGAUCAUGCUGACCUUCGACAAUGCUGGGAUGUGGAAUUUGAGAUCCAUGAAUUGGGAGAAUAAAUACCUGGGGCAGCAGCUGUACGUGAGUGUGACCUCGCCGGCACGAUCGUUGAGGGAUGAGUACAAUAUGCCCGCUAACGCACUCCGCUGCGGGGCGGUGGUCGGGCUUCCCUUGCCACCGUCCUACACCUAAGCAUGCGGCGGCUUGUGCCGCAGCCCACCGGCGAGCCUCGAUCUUCUCCUGAGAGGAGGAGGGAUCGAAGGAAGGGGUAAUCAUGAUGGUUCUUCUCUUCCUUUGGUGGUUCUUUGUUCUUUGGGCUUCCUGGUCAUGUACCAUGUAAGCAACGCUCCCACACUCAUAAUCGAUAUUAAUCUAUGGUUAGUAUGAAUAAUAUGUACAUUUCUCCAAAAAAAAGGUGAUAUAUACUGGUGACUUCAAUCCGUGUUCCCU